GAGACAUUGAGUAAGAGAGCUGUUUAGUUGUUAGUUGUGUUGGAAAGAGAGCUUGUUGCCUUCUGAAACUGACUUGUUGAGGUUUGAUGCUGUCCUCUCGGAUUGUAAAAAAAACAAAAAAACGCAAGAUUGUGGAGUUGUGUUUGCUUCUUGUGAAGUACGUAAUGUAUUAACUGUUAAGCUCCUAAGGUGUCUUCCCUAUUUUAACGUGAAACGUGUGCUGCUAACCGCUGGAGAAGUUAUCGUUGACUUGUACCGCUUCUUACUUCCCAUUUCCGAGACUUCGAGAUUAUUAGAUAAGUUUGUGAAAAUAUACUAGCUUGAAUUGAAAUAUAUUAACGUCCGAUAUCAAGAGUUUGCUGAGAUAAAACGCUACGAAACCAGUUUGUUCUGGAUCGUCGUCUCAAAAGCUGUGACAGAUAGUGUAAAUUUACGAUUACAUUGUGUCGGCUCAGUUUUAUCAAAGGAUGAUCGCUUCGGAACUAUUAAUCGUAACUGUAAAAAUCUCACUUAAUUAAACACAAGCAAGGAAAUUCGCCUGUUUAACAGACUAGUGAACAGACAGGGCAUGAACACACCACUGACAAAAAAGGUGGGUUAGCUCUGCAAGGUAGAAAACGAACAGUUUGCUGAUCGAGUAAAAAAAAAAAAACCGGCUUAACCGGUAUGCCCGAUGUACGUGUGGUUUGGUUUCCAAGUCAUGUUGUCACCUUCCUCAGCACGAGCUCUUUGAAUGGCCGGUCACUCACCUCAGACUCGUCCUGUGUCUGCAGAAGUUACCUGUUAGCUACGUUAACCUGUGUGUUUGGAGUUGCUAAUUAAUUUUAAACAUCAAGAUUUUUGCUUAAUCACAGUAGCCAGUCGAUGGUCAUUUUUAAUUGACUAUAACGCGCGAACUUGUUAUAUUUUAAUACUGGUAUCAAACUGGAACCAUUGAACUUAAUAUUUGGGAAACAUUACGAAAAACUUAUCAUGGCUGCUGUAAAGCCAGUGGAUGAGACGUGGCUUAUAGUGGUCCGAGAAUGCCUUCAGGAGAUUCUGCGGCUCACAACCGUCCACUAGUCUUCUGUGAUUAUCAAGCAGUUCCCGCUACUUCACCCUUUGACGUUAUUGAAUCUGUGAAACAAGAGGAAGCUCACUUCGAACAGCUGAGCCGAGAAUUGGAAGCUGAACGACAAAGUGUGGCAAACCAGCUUGAACGAUACAGACGCCGAGACCGUGAGCACGAGGAGGGAGGCAACAUAUCCAGUUACGUGUCGGCUGAGGACCCUUACAACUGGCGGCCAUCACCUCUAGAACCUGUCAUUCCAGAAAACCCCAAACCAGAUCCGAAGAUGACAGACUCUCAUCUGCGUUACUACCACAACAACAACGCUGACUAUCGCCAUUUCAUUCAGGAAGGUCCUCCUCAAGUAGACUCUUAUAGUGUCAGCUACCAGACAUCAUCUACAAAUGGUCCACAUGGUGAUGACGGCUCUCUUAACUCUUCCCAGAUGUCUGCUCCUGGUGACAAUGCUACACUUGUAAGCCGAAGUAUGUCCCAGACAAAAACUCAACAAGUAAAGACUGUCACAAAAGUUAUAGCAACACGGGAGGUUAGACAUAUAGGCCCUGAUGGACGGCCCAUAGAGUACCCUCCUUCAGGGACAGAGUAUGUUCCCUUUCACUAUGGUAAUCCAGCAGAUGGCAGUCAAGAUUAUGGAACUUAUGAUUCAGGUCGCCCACCCAGUCCUGCAGGACAAGCACCAACACAUGCUGGCUAUCCUGGGGACUAUGCUAUGUAUGGUAGAGCACCUUCUUUGGAUUCAGGCAGGGUAUAUGAGCUCUGUCCACCAGGAGAUGGUCAGAGUUAUCAAGAGUAUGACUAUCGUGACUACCCUCCACAGCCUCCUUCUCCACCAUCAGCUGCAUCUGAGUCACCCCCACCUCGGAGAGCCAUGCCACAGGCUCCACAUGGUGGACCCAUUGACUUUAAUCACCAUCCCUCAGGAUAUGAAGAACUUGACACCACAGUGGGUCUACCUAGGUCUAACUUUCAAGAUCGUUAUGGAAACACUCCAUCACCAGCUCCUCCUGGUGACAGAUAUGGCCCGUAUGGGUACCCGGGCCCUCAAAUACCAGUUACUUCACCAGGUUACAAUCCUUAUGAACUUGGUCCUCCACCUCAAGGGUACUUAGACAAAAGACCAAGCUAUGAUGACCAUCCACAGGGCCAUCCUACUCCUUACUACCCUGCUCCCACAGCAGUGUUAGAAGAUGAUGUAAGAUUGGAAACCCUUCCAGAGGGCCAACUUCUCCCACCUCCACGACAUCCUCAUCUUGACUAUGACCCUGUUGAAACUGAAGGAAGAGAUGUACGAUGGAGAGACCCUGACCUUCAUGAAGUAAUUGAUUUUCUUGGACACCCUAAUAAUGUGGUGCGAGCAAAUGCAGCAGCUUAUCUUCAGCAUCUGUGUUACAUGGAUGAUAACAUGAAACAGAAGACAAGGGCUUUAGGGGGAAUCCCACCAUUGAUAGAGUUAUUGAAUCAAGAAAUCCCUGAAAUCCAAAGGAAUUCCUGUGGGGCUCUCAGAAAUCUGUCAUAUGGAAGACAAAAUGAUGAAAAUAAGCGAGCUAUACGUAAUGCAGGAGGAAUCCCUGCAUUAGUAAGACUACUUAGAAAAACACCAGAUAAUGAAAUCAGAGAACUUGUAACAGGAAUUUUGUGGAACCUGUCAUCUUGUGAGGAUUUGAAACGUCCAAUCAUAGAUGAUGCAUUAUGCGUCCUGGUGAGCCAUGUGAUCUUUCCUCAUGCUGGCUGGGAUCGUAACCGAGAUAACUCUGAAUCUGUACGACCCCAAGAAGUAUAUUGGUCAACUGUAUUUCGCAAUGCUAGUGGUAUUUUGAGAAAUGUGAGUUCUGCAGGAGAAUAUGCAAGAAAAAAACUUCGAGAGUGUGAAGGGCUUGUAGAUUCUUUAUUGCAUCUGGUUAAAGCAGCAAUCGGAAAGAAUGACAUGGAUAAUAAAAGUGUGGAAAACUGUGUUUGUGUAUUUCGGAAUCUGUCUUAUCGCUGCCAGGAAGUAGAAGACCCAGACUAUGACAAACAUGUGUUUCAACCAUCUCAACCUAAGGGUAGUCCAAUGAAAGUUGGUGACAACCUUGGGUGUUUUGGUGCUAGUAAGAAGAAGAAAGAAGCACAAAACCUAGAAAAACAAAAGAAAGAAUUGAUGGCUACAAACAUGCCAAGACCCAAUUCUCAGCCUGCACGAGGAAUGGAGUUGCUUUGGCAACCAGAAAUAGUUCAUUCCUACCUGUCCUUGCUAUCUGAAUGUUCAAAUCCUGAAACUUUAGAAGCAGCAGCUGGAAGUAUCCAGAACUUAGCAGCUUGUUAUUGGCAGCCAAGCAUAGACAUUAGAGCAGCUGUAAGGAAGGAAAAAGGGUUACCAAUUCUCGUGGAGCUGUUACGGAUGGAAGUUGAUAGGGUUGUGUGUGCAGUUGCUACUGCUUUACGAAACCUUGCUAUGGACCAAAGGAACAAAGAACUUAUAGGGAAAUAUGCCAUGCGAGAUUUGGUUCAGAAACUUCCAAAUAGUAGCUCUGCCCAUGAUGCUGGUACAUCAAAUGAAACAGUUGCUGCUGUGCUUGCAACGCUGAAUGAAGUAAUUGUGAAAAACAGUGACUUUGCUCGGUCUUUGUUGGAAGCAGGAGGGGUGGAGAGGUUAACUUACAUAACAAAACAACGAGGGAAAUUUUCCCCUCGGGUAGUCAAGUUUACUGCUCAAUUGCUUUACAACAUGUGGCAACAUCAAGAGCUGCGAGAAGUGUACAGAAGAUCAGGUUGGAAAGAAACUCAUUUUAUUACACGCACUAUGGUUGCUCGUAGUUCUGCCUCUCCUACUGGCAGCACUAAUAGCACUCUUAGUCGACCAAUUAGCACACAAGGUGGAACCAAGUAUGAAGAUAGAACACUUCCACGUGGAGGACAAGUGGGUGUGUACAAUCAGGCUGAAGAGUACCCAAUGAAUGACCUAGCCCAUCCUAUUGAACUUCCACACCACCGGCCACCUGUUGGAGGAGUACCUAUUUAUCCACCUGCUCCAAUGAGAUCCCCUGUAGAGCCUCUUUAUGCCCAAGUUAAUCGUGACAAGAAGAAGAACCGCCAUCCUGACUCGUCUUCCCAGUCCAUGUUACUUGAUCACCAGGGGGCGCCAGCAGGAGACUCCUGGGUGUGACCAUCUGAUUGUCAGUUUGAUAACUGGUGUCUGUGAACUUCCUUUAAUUUUUCUAAACUGUGGCAGCUACUCUAAAUGUCAUCUCUUCCUCCUCAUGGGCCAUUGCAUAAUUCUUCAGUGUAUCUGGAGCUUAAACUGUUGGAGUUAAUGCCCCGAAUUGAGAGUGAGAGAGAAAAAAAGUAUUUUAAAGCAUUCAUGGAAAAUAAUUUUUUUGUUUGUUUUAAUGUCAAUAAGAUGUAAAAGAUGCAGAUUCACAAAGCUUAAUGUGGGUUUUAACGUAGGUACUAAUUGCAUCAGUUUCAGGACUUGAAUUGUGAAAAAUAUUAGCCAGAUAUAGUUUUUUUUUUCUUCUUAGAAACUGUGACAUUUAAUUUUCCUUUCAAAAAUAACAUCUCUUACAAAAGUUAAAAAAAUCUAAAAAAAAAGGCCCAUUAGCAACUUAAAGAAUGACAAAGUUGAACAGAUUAACUUAGGACCUUUAUACCCAUGGGAAAAGUACCCCAAUAGAUUAAAACUCAAUGACAAUGAUGUUUUGAUUGUAUUCUUAUUUAACCUGCAGCUGUUUGGUUAUUAAACCAGAGGUGUUUUUUUAUUAGGCUUUUACCAAAGAUGUAGUCCUUCGAGGGCAGAUACUAUACGAGGUGGUCCAUCAGUACGUGGUUUUAUAAACCUGUGACGUAAAACAGCUCUUAAGAAGAACUAUUUGAUAUGUUGGUUAAAGAAUGUUUUAUAGUUUAAAAAGGUUUUUGUCACUGUGUCAUGUAUUCCACUUUAGUUUAAUUCUUAAGCCUAAUGAAAACUCGCAGACUAGUGGAAAAAAAAAAAGUAGGAGUUAAUCUCGGGCAAAUUGCUCAAGCGUAUCCGUUUCUUUGUUGAUCUUAUGUUAACUUUUUAUUAUUCAUUUUGAACCUUCACAAUUGUAUGAAUCUCUCAACACAAGCAUGAUAAACUUUUAAUAUUUGAUUUUGGAGAAGUGUUUCAGAUAACAAUUUUUGUCUGGGUAGCUUUGGAGAGUUUGCCUCUAGAAAUGUUUAAGCCUAGUCAUACAGGAGAAAAAGCUAGUUUAAACUGCUGCAAGGUGAAAUUGGAAAUAGUUUAUUGCAACACAAAGCUACUAGUAUUUUAUGUCCAUAUGUUUGUAUGUGUGUUCCAACAGAUUAAUCAAAACCUUGUAAAGCAUGUGAAAAUGUAAGAUUAUUUUUUUUCCUGUCAUAAUCAUUUUGAAAUUAUAUUUUGGUUAAUUAAAUUAGAUUGUUUUAAAGUUGAACAUGCCAACAAGACAGCCUGAACAUCACCUUUAGUUUUAUUAAAAAAAAAAAAAGUUGGCUAAUAUUUAUAAUUCAUUAUUUUACACAUUCCAACAUUUUUUAUAAUGCACGUUUUUUUUUUUAAACCCAUACUGGAAAAUAUGGUCUUUUUGAAUGAGACUUGAUGGAUAAAACAUCUUUAACAUCUCUUGGCUAAUUCAAGUCCUUUGUGGAGUGUACCCAAUUACUAAUUCACAGGGGAGGUUUCCUAAUCUAUGAUAGAAACAUUAAAAAAAUGAAAGCUGAAGCUUACUAGUUAAAGUUAGCUGUUUUUGGAACAAAGAAUUUAAACUUGUCUACCUAAAGGUUCAGAAGUAGUAAAAUGAAGUGAAGGUGUUUUGUUACUUCCAUAAAAAGUAAUUUUUUGAAAGUUCUGACUAGUGAUGACUAACUGAACUGAAGGAUUUGUCUGAUAAAUGGAAGAAGAAGCUAAGGAGGAGUGAUGAGGAUCCAAAGUAUUGUAUAUUUGAAGUGUCUGUUUAGAAAAAAUGAUUUAUUUUGCAGUGCUAUUACUUUUCACAUUGGAUGUCUUGUUAUCGAUUUUUGUGUAACUUUUUGUAUUCACCAUCACAUAUAAAAUGGCAGAUUUUAAUGUAUAAUGUACCAAUAAAAAAUCCUUACUCAA